AUGAACAAGAUAACAGAGACACCCCGGCUUUACCAUUAUAUUAUGGAAGAUCUUAGUGACCCACGGACCGCGGAUUGGUUCAUGGUACGGUCCCCAGUGCCUCUCUUUCUGAGUAUAGCUGUAUAUCUGUAUUUGGUGAAGAUGGGGCCUGUCUGGAUGCAGUCGAGGAAACCAUACGAUCUAAAGAAUAUAAUGAUCUUCUAUAACUUCUGUAUGGUGACACUUAGUGCUUAUAUGUUUUAUGAGACUCUGGUGACUGCCUGGUUAAAUCCAGAUUUCAGCAAAGUGUGUCAGCCAGUUGACUAUUCUAACAAUCCACAAGCAUUAAGGUUGGCAAAUGUGAUUUGGCUUUACUACAUAUCGAAACUAAUAGAAUUUCUUGACACGGUGUUCUUUGUGUUGAGGAAGAAAAACAACCAAAUUACCUUUCUUCAUGUAUAUCAUCAUGCCAGUAUGCCUUUCUGGUAUUGGCAGGGGGCAAAGUUCGUUUCCGGUGGAGAAUCAUAUCUUGUCGUUAGUUUGAACAGUUUUAUCCACGUCAUAAUGUAUACGUAUUACUUACUGGCGGCUUUCGGACCCUCCAUGCAAAAAUAUCUCUGGUGGAAAAAGCAUAUGACAAAACUUCAGCUGAUACAGUUUGUUUGGUUUGUGUUACAUGCUUUACACACGUUGUAUAUUGGAUGCGGGUUUCCCAGGGCUUAUCUGAUGUGCCAGCUUCUGGUAGCUUUCUCCCAGCUCGUCCUUUUCCUUAACUUCUACACACAAACCUACUCAAAAUCAAAUCAAAGAGAAAACCAAGUCAGUUCUAAUGGGAUAUCCACGGAAAAGAAACUAAGUUGAUAGUGUUGAUAGUAUACUAGUACUUCUGAACAGCACCAGCUAUACUCAAAACAGUCACAGAUAUCGGUGUCCAUAAAUACAGAAAAGAAAAUGUUCACCAUUAAAGUAGUUAUCAGUUGAGGAAGGUAUAUGUUAGUUUUGUAAGAUCAUGAAGGAAUGACCUUACACUUUUUACCCAGGCAUUUUCACUAAACACGCUAUAAAAUAUGCAUGGAUGCAAAUUAAGUGUCUGGUCACAUCCUUCUGAAUCACAGUACUUACAUUUACAUUCCAACUAUUCAUUUACAAUUGUACUUCAAUAAAACAACCAGUAGUUGACGAAAUUUUUUAAGUCUAAAGUUUUUCCCAUUUUUCUUUGGCAUUACAUGUAAUAUGUAUUUAUUAUUGGUACACUACUUCAGAAGGAUGUCAAUUUUAGCACUCACUGCUUCACAAGAAUCAAAGAAGAAAAUCACAACUGAGAUAUUUAAAUGUGGAUGAACAUUCCUCAAGUUUCUGUAUGAAUGUACCAUUAUCACCAUCAGUGAUUCUUAAGUUAUGAGAGUUUGCAUGCGUGUAAAAGUGUUCAAAUGAUGAAAA